AUGGCGUCCUUUGACGCUGCCAUCCGCUGGGGUGUGGUGGUGUUGGUACUCUGCGCUACCAAAUUUGAGCCUUUGAUCGCGGCAGACUCCGAUUGUCGCAUGUACCAGUCGUUCAAUCCCGAACAACAGCGCUGCGUGUGCAACGCUGGCUUUGAGGCGUUGGCCGAUAACUCGGGCUGCCGGUUGCCCCACCUCAUUGCGUCGCCUGGCGCGCUGAUGCGUGAGCCUAGAUCCCGCGUUGCAGACGUUGUGCUGCAAGGCCGCGAUGUCCUCUUUUCCGUCAUCAACUCAACGACCAACACACUGACGCUGCUUUCGGCCAGCAAUCUGGCCGCACAGCUGACGGAGGUGCGCCAGGGCCACGCCCAGACCUACACUCAGGCUCAGCUGGAUCAGCUCCUGGCGGCCAAAGCCAAUGAGAAUGGCGUAUACAGUAAGGCUGCAAUCGAUGAACGCAUGGACGCCAAGGCAGAUGCCUCGGCUGUCUAUUCCAAGAGUGAUGUCGACCAGCGACUAGCCAACAAAGCCUCAGCAAUCGACUUGACCCAACUGACGUCGACCGUCGAGGUAGGUCCUGGCCAUGCCGGUUCUUCCUUGGCGAGCGUUACGGGCUGCAGGUAUUUUGACGAUAGUCCGCGAUCCGCUGACUCUUCCGCCGUGCCGUGGGUCUUUUUAAAAAUGACGGGGAUUGUAGCUGCGUUUGCGACGGAUCUCCUGCGCUAUACAAGUGCCGCCAACAUUGUGAAAAACGGCGAUUUUGUCAAUGGCCUGGAUGCUGGCCAGUACAACAGCGUAGAGUCUCGAGGCAACAUGAGCAUCGUUGACAUUUCUUCCUGGUCCACGCGGCCCGAUGCUUUGACGCAUGCCCUUCGCUUUGAUCCCUACAGCACGACGACAUCAGGCUUUGGCGCCUCCUCGGAGUAUGAGCUACACUUUUCGAAUGAGGGCAACGUCACAACACUUUGUGCGGGCACAUAUUUGCUCAGCCUUUGGGCUUACGUAUCACCCGACUUUGACGGUUGGGAACAGCUUUUGCACUCGAGGUGGCAUUAUCCAGAAAGUGGACAAAAGACGACAGACGCCAUCGGACCUCAGAGCGGCGGUUGGCCCACUGUCCGAGGGGAAUGGCAACACCUGCCUUUUCGUUGGUACCUUGGCUAUCCCAUGCGUCACACUCGAGGUUACGUCCUUGCGACGGGGCUUGACCUUCGUCGACUUGGACCGGGCGUAUGCGACUCGGCCACCAAUGCCAACGACAUUUUGACGCGAGUCGACGAUGUCGAGGCACGAUUGCAGGGACAAAUCAACGCCACAACAACGAGCGUGGGCUCGCUCAACGUACGGGUCACCGACUUGGAGGAUCAGCUGCAAAACCAACUGCUUUUCCACGAGUACAUGGACACGGAUGCGCUGAAGGAUGGUGGCCGAAGCAAGUGGGAAAACAUUUCGCGUUCGUCAUCCGUUGGUCGGAUCACAGUGGUGCCCUUGGAUGAGCCCACGCAACUGGGAACGAGCUACGCGUACAAAUUUGCUACAUCGGGCUCGCGAGCCAUUACUAAACUGGAGGUGUGUUGCGUCGUCACCCCUGGACGCCAUCGACAACGGCUCGGGCUGUCUCACGAGCAUGACUACGAAGUGUCUGCUUCGGUGUGGUACUCGCCCGACUAUGACGGCUCGCAGCAGGUACUGCACGGUACUUUCUCGAGCACCCAUGAUACCGACGGUCGCAUUCUCAAUGUCUGGGCAGAAGGCGCUUCAUCAGGGUACUUUUUGGUUUCGGAUUUGAGCUUGCGGCGCCUGGGCUCGGUCACCGCCACGACGUGCGUGCGGCGUCGGCGUGAGGAGGACUCUGGAGCGCGGAUUCAACUUGAAACGGGGCCAAUGACAGAACGCUCCGAGUUGACCGCAGCCCGGGAGGAACAACAACGGCUCGAGGGUUGCCAUUCCAGCAAGCCAAGACCCAUUGCACAUCGUUACAACAUACAUCUCAGCGACGUCAGUUUCAACCCCGCCGACGCCGCCGCCAUUUUGUACAACCUCGACUGCCGCAUGCUGACCUCGGCUUCCCUCUAUGGACACGACAUUGUUUGCAACUGGACUCGCCCCGCAUAUCUCACCCAGCCCUCUGCAGAUUCAGAUGCCUGCCAAUGGAACACGCUGCUCAUCCCGCAGCCCCAAACUGAUGUCUUGGCAGGCCUGCAUUGGCUGCAUCUGGUCGAUGGCGCUCGAGGCUCCCUUAUUACCUCGGCAGCCAAGGCCAUGAUCACUGCGGGCCUACCUCAUAUCGUCGUCGACCCAAACGUAACCUCUGUUGCAGUCUGCAACUUUGACGACAGCCUCACCAACGCCCUCCCACCACGACCCUGUCUCUUCCUCAACAUGAGCUACGAAGUCUGGUUUGCCUGCAACGACACCACUCUGGCUCCCAACCCUUGGAACGAUCCAAUCACUGCCUGGCUUGAAGGCCCUUCCCUGCCAACCGCCGCCCACCCGUAUUUUGUCGAGAAUGGCGCCACACUUCUACAUCGCUCCAAUCGCGCCCUGGGGGCCUCACAAGCCUUGGCCCCUGGGCCCCGUCGCUACUGGACGACCAUCCCUGCCCUGACGCCUGUCUCACCCAUCUUGAACCUUCAUGCCCGCAUCACACCAAAUGCUGCCACCAUCGCCGCGCACCUACAGCCUUGGACCUUGACGGUUUAUGAACUUGUCCUGCGACAAUGUGACGCGCAAGGCAUCUGCAAACCAGUGGAGACGCGCGUGUUUCGCCCCACAGCCGCCAGCUCCGAUACAACGCAGAUUCAUGAACAAAGUUUUCAAGGUCUCACCAGUGGCACAUCCUACACCGCCACCAUGGCCCCAAGCACGCCCAUCAUUGCCAACGUGACGGCCGGUCCCAAUGACCUAUUCCUGGUCCUGCAGGUGGAAACGGGUUUGGUCAAGGUUGUCGUGCCAGACCUCAAAAGUUCUACCUGCUACAACAUUUCUGUGCAUUUGGGCAACUCGGCUGGACGCAGUGGACGCGCCUCGUCCAAAUAUUGCACAACGUUCGCCCUGUCACCAGUGGUGCAGGCCCGGUCGGUGUUGCAGCAAAGCCUUGAUGGAGACUGGCUUCUUGCCUUUGAAGUGGCCAUCAAUGGCCAAACCACGACCAACUUUGAUGUGGGCAUUGCCAUACCCUCAUCCCCAACUCAAGCCCGACUCCUCAUCCCCGGCCCCCACAACAAGUCAGGCUUUCCCCUUGCCAAGGCCUCUGACACAAACCUCCGAACCGCGUUACCUGCCACGUCUUCGACUCCCAGCAUACAUUCUGAUACCCAUCUGCGAGCUUCCAGCACGUUCUUUCCCGUGGCCAGCACCAAAGUGGCAGGUGGCACCGUCGAGAGCACCGCAACUACAUCCUCGCAUGAGCACCUUCCCGCCUGGGUCAUUCCAGUCGUGGUCACGCUGGGCACUCUUGUGGUCUGCCUGGCUCUUGUCAUUAUGGCCCUCGUUCGCCGCCUAGCAAGCGACAACGAGGACUUGGAGCGCCUUCUCCAAGAUAGCAUUGAAAAGGGCGUGGCGGUGUGGCUUGACCGCUUUGAAUUGGAUCGGUCCCAGCUGGUAUUGGGUGAUGUGCUGGGCGCUGGCGCCUACGGCACCGUGGUCCGUGCUCGUGCCUACAACAUUCACGAGCAACUGCCUGAGAUUGCCUCGGUGGCUGUCAAGCUGUUUGAGCCAGAGCGCAGUCACAUGGCGCCUGCAGCACUGGCCUAUCGUGCUGAAGCAUCAGCACUCAAGGCCAUAUCUAACCCUGGCCAUCCAAAUGUGAUCAAAUUGUUGGGCGUUUCAUCGACCACCAUGCCCCUGAUGAUUGUGACCGAAUAUGCGCCUCUUGGUGACGUGGGCAGCUACCUGCGGUCAUCUGGUUUCAAGGUCACAAAUAAUGACCUGCUCACCUGGUGUGAUCACCUUUUGGCUGCGCUCCGCUACAUUCAUGAGCGCCAGGUGGUGCAUGCUGAUAUCAGCGCCCGAAACUGUCUCUUAAUGGGAGACCAGCGUCUGGUCCUGGCCGACUUUGGGCUGUCGCGCAAGCUUGAUGCCAUGACCAACUAUUAUAUCAACGAAAAGAGUGACUUUUUACCUUAUCGUUGGAUGGCACCCGAAAGCCUACGCGACUACCGCUUCAGCCCAGCCUCUGACAUCUUUUCCCUCGGCGUCACCAUGUAUGAGUUUUGGACAUUUGGGCGCCUGCCAUACACUGGAUGGUCCAACGACAUGGUUCGCCUUCGAGUAAUGGAAGGAUAUCGCCUGCCUAUGCCCAAGACAAUGGAUCCCCGUGUGCAACAGCUCGUGUCGCUCUGCCUGGCCACCGACUCGGCUCGCACCGUUCGGCCACGGAGAAGUGACAGUCAACAAGCGGCAUCAGACGUCAGCAGCACGUCCAACUACGCGCGCGUGGUGCGGCGCGGAUCCAUGUCACCCCUGUCAUCCCCCUCUUUUUCGGCCAUGCGCAACACGCGACCCCGACGCGAAACUGCCAUGAUCCCGAGCACCCCAGGCACCCCAGGCACUCCAGGCACCCCAGCAAAUCUGGGUGCUUUUGCUGAUCGCCGCAAGCAGAUUUUAGAUGAUGCUGCCCGGCAAACAGCCGAUUUUGAACGAACUCUCGAAGCCAGUACCAAGGCCUUGAAUCAAAUUCGUGGCAUCAACGACCGCCAGCAACGCACCAUAAUAGCUCAAUCUCAAGACGCUUCCCCCGAUACCUCCUUGGACGGCAUGCCACGCACCACUUUGGAGCUAAACACGGACCUUGCGCGCUUUCACCCAGAGACGCCGGAUGAGGCCGAGGAGGGCCCUGUCCUCUACCGUCAUUCCACUGAUUCUUUGCUUCAUCCUGCUGAUGAUCCACUCUACAGUCGCACCCCCACCUUCCGCAUCAGCGAAGCGUCUGCGAGCCCACAAGACACAAGCCUCAAUGACCUUCUCAAUGAGAGCUUGAAUGAUGCGCACAGCUCCACCGUCACUACCACCGCCGACAUUGCUGCUGAUGAAGCUGACUUUCUUCAAGCCGCACAGCAAACCCUUGCCAGUCAUGAUCCAUCCGACUUUGGUGAAACCCCUGACCUUGACCUUGAUCUGGACUUGCACAAUGCUUCAACUGAUACCUUUGCUGGGGCUGCUCAACGCGACAAAGUUGUCAUCGAUUUUGACGCAUUGGAACACGAGCCCCUGCCCCACCAGGAGAAGAACGGCUAUGAAGACCUUCCCACCCGCGUGGAUCAAAACCGGCCAUCCCCGCGACGCUCCUCGAGCUCCCACUCUAAUCCAGACACUGGCGAGCGCCACCGUGCCUCAGAUACAUCCUCCGCUGAAUCACGUCGCGGCAGUCGUCAAAGCAGCCGACGCCGUUCCAUGACCUAUCAAGAUUCGCAAAGCGAGUAUGAGGACCCUGUCUUUCUCCGGAAAUAUCGCGCCCCGGGAAUUCAGGGCAUAAAGGAAGAGUCAGAACAGGAGGCUUCGGCCGCUUACUAUGGCCGACCCCGAAGAUUUGGUUCAGAGGCCCAGACGGACAGCUUUGAUUUUGAUGAAGACGAUGACGACUACGCUGACCCACAACUCGUAUUUCGCGCACGCGCUGACACAUCUGUGGAAGGCGAGGACGAUUCUGAUGUCGACAAUGAGAAUAAUGCAAACGGGCGGGCGACUACCCGGCAGCCAAGACGCGCCAGCCUCCCGCAAGCCACAAGCGAGCGGCGACCUUCAAGUGCCCCUGGACACAUGCGUCGCCGCCUCUACUCAAGUGGGGGGCACGACCCCAUCUCUCCACUCCAGCACCCGUCCUCCCUCUUCUCCAGUCUGUCUGUGUCCCUAGACACCGACCGUGAAACUGGCGAUGCUUUCUCUCGUGAUGUGGCCAAGACAACUGACGCCGCGGCGCCGGAAGAUGCAACGGCGCCUUCUGGCGACACGCCACCCUUUCGCCCACGCACCUUCAGUCAGGACGGACGCGAUCGGGCCAAAGCUUUUGCUCGGCGUUACAUUGGAGGAAGUAUCGAGACCACUUUUUCCGGCUCAGACUCCAUCGAAUCAUCUCUUGGCCCGAACAUGUCCCCGCUCCUCAAUGCUCGCGAGCCCCGGGUUUUUUUCACAGACUCAAACAGCAACACCGCCUCUCCUAACAAUGUCUCGGGGAACAAGAGCCAAAUCGAGAGUCAUGCUGCCGCGCAUGAGCUUACUGGGCAACGCAAGCACUCGCGCCGCGCAAGCCCACGCCGAGGAGACUCUUUAAAUCAUGACGAUGAUGGUUGCUCGGCUCACAGUGGAAAACAUCCUAUAACAGCCCAAGCACUGCUGGAGCAGCUUGAGUCCCGCCGCGUCCGAACGUCCUCUGAGGUCACCUCAUCCAGCAAGCGUGGCUCCACUUUAUCACAGCGCCCGCUUGACAUCCAAAGCUCCACUGCCGCUAGUUUCGUGUCGCGUCAACUCAUGAAGUAUCUCGUUUCCCGCAAGGAUGACGAAGUCGGCGAGUCGACAUGUGAAGCCCGUGAAGGCGUGGUGCUCUUUGCUGAUGCUUCGGGAUUCACCCGCCUCACUAACGCUCUGACAGACGACAAAACCCUUGGCUCUAAAAAAGGUGCCGAAGAACUCUGCCGCAUCCUCAACAACUUUUUCAGCAAGCUCAUUGAAAUCACCGAUCGCUACGGUGGUGAUGUCAUCAAGUUCUCCGGCGAUGCCGUCACAGUGGUGUGGUUUGUUGAACCAGAGGAUGUCAAGCGCAACUUGCCUGCCACCACGCUCAAGCAAAUUGCCCUUCGUGCCUGUGCAUGUGCAUGUGAAAUCCACAAGAAACUGAACAAUUACAUUGCCGCCACACGCUCGGGUAUUCGUGAAAUGCGGCGUCGAUUUCGACACCGCAAUCACAAAUCGAUCGACAGCAAGUCUCAGCGGCCUGAUUAUCAAUACAAGCUCCAGCUGCACAUGGGAGUGGGUGUUGGCAAGCUGGUGGCUGUGCAUGUGGGUGGCAUCUUCAAGCGCUGGGAGUACUUGAUUGGUGGCAACCCCAUGACACAAAUCGGCAAUGCAGAGCCGUUGGCACAGCCCGGGGAGACCUGCCUUUCCCCUCAGGUUGCGGAGCUUCUGAGUGGUGAAGUCGAGGCCCUGCCCCUCUCCUCUUUGACAGCAACGGAGCAGGAAAUGCGGGAUCUCACGCCCGAAAAGCUGGAGAAGAUUGGUGAUUACGUGAUCUUGCAACGCUUGCUGCGCGACAUACGCCCGCCUUCGACGUGUGCUCUGUCGCAAGGAAAUCCCAGCAGCACCAUCCUGUCCAACACCAAAAUGCAAGAGCUGAUUCGCCGCUACAUCCCCAAUGCUGUGCAUCAAAGCAUCCAGGAGGGUCGUGCGUUCACCGCCGAGAUGCGCCACGUUUCCGUGGUGUUUGCAAACGUCCAGGGCAUCCGGCUGGAUGUAGAGGAUCAAGCCACCGUGGAAAAGGUUCGCAAGCUCGUGCAGGACAUGAUGUUAGAGACACAGCGAAGCCUCUACCAAAGUGAGGGCUCAAUCAACAAGGUCAUGGUUGACGACAAAGGCUUAUCCAUUUUAUGUGCCAUGGGUCUGCCCCCCAUGCCUCAUGCGGACGACCCCAAGCGGGCCUUGGUUGCAGCGCUCGAUUUGGUCGAGAACAUUGAAGCUCUGGGCUCGUUUAUUCGCUGCCGGGUUGGAGUCACCACGGGCAUGGCGUUUUGCGGCGUCAUUGGUGCAAAGCAACGCUCGGGGGUCCUGUGUGAUGCAGACACCACCAAAAAGUGCAAGGAGGACUAUCCUGGUACCUUUUCCUUUCGCCCCUCAUCGGAGGCAUUGCUGCUCAAGGGGUUCAAGACCCCGGUAUCGGCCUACUACGUUGGUUUCAAUACGCGGGAUAGCUACACCGAAAAACAGAAGAAUCGUGAGCUUCAAGAUUAUGCAGGACGCGAGUUGGAGGCCAAGGAGCUCAAGCUUCGCCUCUCCAACCUCAACACUACCAAGGGUGGAACAAUGGUCUUGACUGGAGAGCGCGGUUCGGGUAAAUCUCAGCUGGUCAAGGAAAUUGAAACGUGGGCCGACAAGCGUGGCUUUAACGUGCUCUUCAUCCCGAAGGGCUCAGCACGCAAGCAGAUCCCUUACCCAUUUGCUGACGGCGUGCACACCGAAGCACCCGGUGUCAAGGUUUCCAAGUCGGAGGAUGCCAAAGCGGGCAUCAACUGGCUGGUCGAUAUUUUCCUCUCGCGUGAGGACGAGCUGGUGGCGCUUCCAAUGCUGGGUCACGUUUUGCCCAACCUCAACCCUGAGCUAGAGCUCGCAGCCCAAAAGGCCCUGCUUGAGCUUCGCCAGGAAACAGGCGCUGAGAGAGAUGACUCUCCCGACUCUUGGACGGUUCCUCGGCUGCGCCGGCGCAGUGAUGUGUCGCAGGUCGACCUCUUUCGCCGCACCCUCCACAAGACCGGUAGCGAUGUCAAACGCAAUGUCGAUCCAGAAUCGUGGGAGCUCGCUGCGCGCUUAAGUGAUCACUGUCGUAAUGAGCGCUCUCUGCUGGACAACGUCAAGCCAUUGGUCAUGGUGUCAUAUCACCGGUGCUUCUUGAAACGAAGCGUUGCACAAGAACUGACUUUGGUGAUGGCACGUGACCUCCUUGUGCGUAGCAAUGCGGCUGGUGCGUUCCAGCUGGAACCUUUGAAUGAGGAGCGAAGAUUAAGCUAUGCUGCAUUCGUGCUAGCCAAAGCCACAAGCAAAACCAUCACUGACGCGGCCUUGCCUCCGGAGCUCGUGCAGCUGCUCAAUGAUCGCGCGGGUGGAAACCCGAAACACAUCAAGGAGAUGAUUCAAGAAUUGCUUAAGCAACACAAUGUAUUGCAGGUCAUGGAAAACGGCCGUAUCCGCGUUAAGGGUGACCUCUACAAGGUGCCCGUGCCAGCCAAGAUGCGUGGCAUCGUUCGGCAAGAGUUUGACUCGAUGGACGAGCACCAUAAGGUGGUGUUACGCGUCGCGGCGAUUUUCGGGCAGGGCUUUACUGACCAGAUGCUUCAAGAUGCGUUGCAAAAUACCGCUCACAAUUUGUCGCCAGCCGAUGUUGAAGAGCGCUUGCAAGAGUUGGUGGCUGUGCGCGUGUUGCAACAAGUGCCCACAACGCAAUACGUCUUUGAAGUGCACCCCGCGGACCUGUCGGACAAGUGUUACACUUUUACGCUGCGAUUGCUACAGGAGGAGAUUCAAGCUUUGAAUACAGACACAGUGUCCGGUGCGGUGGAGAGCAAGAUUCGCUUCCGCAUGCAAAAGGUGGCGAUGGCUGCCAAAGUCAUUCAGCGCUUCUUUCGUGCCACCAAGCUCAAGUUGCAAAGCCGCAAGGCGGGCAUGGGCGUGAUGAGCUUUCUCUCUCAGUAUGAUGAUGUUCAGCAGCGUCGCAAGCAGCUCAUCCACGUUGAUUCAGAUAGCGAUGAUGAAACGGACAGCUUUCACGUGCUCUCGCAUUCUUCCAGCUAUGACAAGCCAGCCGAAGAGGAUGGGCCCAUCACGACGCUCUAUGCUCAGCACAGCGACGACGGUAGCUCCUCGCCUAUCAUCUCCCCGCCCUCGUCUUGUGAUGAAGCAUCAGAUGACGAGGGGACGGAGUCUACGGGGGACAAGCUUUUGCCAGUGACUGGUACCAUCACGGAACCAAGAUCCCCUCUCAGCGCCGCGUCUCCUGCGCGCAUUGGCAAUGCCGCCCUGCGACCUCUACAGCACCGAAACAUUGCCCUAUUUAACGCCAGCUCUUCCUUGUCAGUGGGUUCAUCCCAUGAUCACGAUGAAGGGCUUGCUCAACCAGACCUGUUCUGCUUUAUGCAGGAAGACCAACGAGAGCCUCCGGUGCGCCGGCUGGUGUCGGGGGCUAGUGCCGGAGGCAGCAUGGGUGCUGCUGCUGCGGCACCCUCGCCAUCCCGAAGCUUUCAGGCCCGCAUUCGUCAACCCGACGGCUCAUACAGGCUUGAGUGGGUGCAACGAAACACGGGGCGGCAACUGCCGCCUGUGCAACCCUUUCUCCGUUGGGAGGACUGCGAGUUUUCUUCGGCGUGA